ACACUGCAGUGCACAGUUUGUGCACAGACACCUCUGCAGGAUACCCACCUCAGUUACUUUGAUAGCGUGCAUUAGAGAAAAAAUAUUUCCCCUGGCAAACACCGGAGCUCGUCAGUGGCUGUGUCCAUUAUUUAUGAUGGAGUCUGUUGUUAAUUACGGCCCUCAGAAAUUCAAUAUGAACCGAGAGUUUCCAGACUAUUUUUAAUAGUUUGUCUGGUGACCAAGUAACAGUAUUUUGUGUACUCUUCCCAAACCAUGAGGGUUGUUUACGUGAGCAUUCCCUAUAAUUCUUUGACAAUUCAUCCCACCAUGAUGUGCACGUGAGGUGCUUGUUAAUAUAUAUUAAAAAAAGGUUUGUAAAGCAGCAGAGAAUGGGAUGUGUAGCAGACCUAAUUAUAAAAAUGUCAGUGUGGGCCUGGUUUAUGUGUUGUAAAUGUAAUCUUAUUUGAGUAGUUUAAGCAUCUAUUACUAAAUAGUUGACUGUUAAUAGGACUGAUGAAUGAGGAUUUGUAUUUGGUUAGUGCUAAAAUAUUUAAGUAUAUUUAUUUUCUUCCCUCUUUAAAACAGCACUGUAAUCAGUCGGACCACGUCACAAAGCUGUCAGACAUUCUCAACUUAAUCUUCACGGUGCUCUUCACUGUGGAGAUGAUUCUCAAGCUCAUGGCCUUCAAAGCACGGGGUUACUUUGGAGACCCGUGGAAUGUGUUUGACUUCAUUAUUGUUAUCGGUAGCGUUGUUGACGUCAUCCUGAGUGAAGUUGAUCUGAUUGGCACCAGGAGAACUAGUUCACAGGACAUG